AUGCAAUUAAAAUAUUUAAAAACUCUAAUUGAUGGGCAGACUUAUAUAAAUCGAAUUGCUGGUAUAGCAUGGUCACCAAAUCAUCAAAAAUUAGCAAUAGCUACAGCAGAUCGUCAUAUAUAUAUAUUUGAUGAAUAUGGUGAAAAACGUGAUAAAUUCUCAACAAAACCAAGUAAUCCAAAUAAUGGUAAAAAUUCAUAUGUUAUACGUGGUAUAGCAUUUAAUUCGGAUUCAACAAAAUUAGCAGUAGCACAAAGUGAUUGUAUUGUAUACGUUUACAGAUUGGGUGAAGGAUGGAAUGAAAAAAAAGUUAUUUGUAAUAAAUUUCCGCAAUCAACAUCAGUAACAUGUAUGAUCUGGUUAAAUACGGGUACAAUAAUUGCAGGUUUAGAUGAUGGUAAAGUACGCUCAUUAAACUGUAAGACCAAUAAAUCUCAAAGUUUAUAUAGCAGUGAAAAUAUGGUUAUUUCAUUGGCACCAAAUACAAAAGGAACUGGUUUUUUAUCUGGGCAUUUUGACGGAACAGUUAUAAGAUUUUUUUUAUUAGAUGACAAUAGUAAUCCACGUCAUAGUGCUGGAAUUGAAUCAUCUGGUAAACUUUUUCAACAUUCUGUACCACCAUUUGCUUUAGCAUGGCCUCAAGGUGGCAUUGCUGCUGCUGGCUGUGAUAAAAAAAUUGUUUUUUAUGAUUCACAAGGCCGACAAAUUCGAAAUUUUGAUUUUUCACGAAAUGAUAGUGAAAAAGAAUUUUUAGUAGCAACAUCUAGUUCAAAUGGUCAAGCUGUAGCAUUUGGUAGUUUUGAUAGAAUACGAAUAUUUUCAUGGAGUCCAAGAUUAUCAUCAUGGAGUGAAAGUGCUUCAAAAGAAAUUGAACAUUUAUAUUCAAUAACAGCAUUAACAUGGAGAAAAGAUGGUGCCAAAUUAGCUAUUGGUUCGACAUCUGGUGCAGUAAUAAUUUUUGAAUCGGUAUUAAAGCGUACAAUAUGGCAAGAAAAAUUUGAAAUAAUUUAUGUAGCUCCAAGUCAAGUUUUAGUUAAAACAUUACAUGAACCAUUCGAACAAAUGACAAUUGAAUCACAUUUAGGUUUAGAAAUCGAUGAUAUACGUAUUAUGGGAAAAGAUAAUUAUUUGGUAGCUAAAACAGAAGAUUCAUUAUUAUUAUGUGAUUUAACAAGAAAUUUAACAAGUGAAAUACCAUGGAAUACAACAGGAUCUUUAGAAAAAUUUUAUUUUGAAAAUCCAAAUGUUUGUUUAAUUUUUAAUGCCGGUGAAUUAUCUUUAGUUGAGUACGGUGAAAAUAUAAUAUUGGGAUCAGUAAGAACAGAAUUUGUUAAUCCACAUGUUAUCUCUAUAAGAUUAAAUGAACGUGGAAAUAAUUCUGGAGUGGAUAAUAAGAAAUUAGCAUACCUAUUGGACAUGAAAACUAUUUGUGUAUUAGAUUUAAUAACAAAUUCUAUAAUAACACAAGUUGGACAUGAUUCUAAAAUCGAUUGGAUUGAAUUGAACGAAACAGCUCAUAAACUUCUUUUUCGGGACAAAAAGAUGAGGCUAGUUUUAGUUGAUAUUUCUACUGGUAAAAAACAAACUCUUUUAGGAAAUGUUUCAUUUGUUCAAUGGGUCAUUCAAUCCGAUGUUGCUGUCGCCCAAAGUGAUAAUAAUCUAGCAAUAUGGUAUAAUAUAGAUUUACCAGAGCAUGUUACUUUAAUGCCAAUACGGGGUGAUGCUUUUGAUGUUAUUAGAGAUGAUUCUCGAACUAUUGUUAAAACACAAGAGGGACCAACAGAUCAUUCAUAUCAAUUAGAUGAAGGAUUAGUUGAAUUUGGAACUGCAUUAAAUGAUAGUGAUUUUGGACGAGCUAUAUUAUUUUUGGAGACAUUAGGUGAUAAACCAGCAGCAAAAGCUAUGUGGUUAAAUUUAGCAAUUAUAGCAUUAGAACAAGAAAAUUUAAGAGUUGCACAACGAUGUUAUGCUGCUCUUGGAAAUGUAUCGAAAGCAUUCUAUUUAAAUGAAAUGAUUAUGGCCGAUGAAAAGUAUAAAGAAAUAAAUGGAAUAAAUGCAACAUGCCCAGAAGUUCAAGCAAAGAUGGCAUUAUUAAAUUCAGAUUUAAGAACUGCUGAAAGAAUUUAUUUAGAACAAGGGGAUAUUGAAAAAGCUUUAAAUAUGUAUAAAAAUUUAAGAAUGUGGGACGAUGCAAUUAAUUUAGCAGAAAAAAGAGGAUAUUCUGGAAUAAGUAAACUUCGGGAAGAUCAAAUGAAAUUUUUGUUAAUGACAAAUCAAGAAGAAAAAGCUGGAAAAGUUUGGGAAGAACGUGGUGAUGCAGAGAAAGCAAUACAAUUGUAUUUAAAAGCAAGAAAAGCACCGAAAGCUGCUCGUUUGUUAUUAAAAACUCCUGCCCUAAUGGAAAAUGAAGAUUUAGUGGCCCAAAUAACUGAAGCUUUAUUGAAAUCUGAACUUUUUGAACUUGCUGGAGAUAUUGCUUUAAAAUUAUCCCGUCCAGAAGCUGCCUUAACACUUUAUCGCAAAGGUGCAGCUUAUCCCAGAGCUGUUGAAUUAGCAAGGCAGGUUGCACCAGAUGAUGUAAUAGCUUUAGAAGAAGAAUGGGGUGACUGGUUAGUAUCAAAAAAACAAUUAGAUGCAUCUAUAAAUCAUUAUAUAGAAGCCGGUGCAACAGAAAAAGCUUUAGAAGCAGCUGUAGGUGCAAAACAAUGGCGUAAAGCUGUACAAAUUGCAAAAGUUCUGGAUGAGCCAGAGGAAAUUAAAAAACAUGCUCUAGAUUUAUCUAAACAUUUAGCAUUUGCGGGUGACUUAGAUGGAGCCGAAGAUUUAUUAGUACGGGCAAAUAUGUUUAAAGAAGCAAUAGAUUUACUUAAUAAACAUGGACAAUGGGAAAAAGCCUAUAAUAUUGCAGAAACAUACAUGAGUAGUGAAAUAACAAGGGAUAUAUUUAUUAACUUGUCAAGAACAUUUGAAGAUCAAGGCAAAUACCGUGAUGCUGAGAAAGUUUUAAUAGCUAUAAAUGAACCUGACUUAGCGAUUGCGAUGUACAAACGUCGUGAAUUAUAUGACUCAAUGAUACGCUUGGUUGAAAAAUAUCACAAAGAACUCUUAGAAAGUACACAUUUACAUCUAGCUAAACAAUUGGAAGCUAAAGGUAAACUAAAAAAUGCAGAAAUUCAUUUUAUUGCUGCUGGAGACUGGAAAUCGGCUGUUCACAUGUACUGCAAUGCAGGUCGUUGGGAUGACGGUUAUCGUAUUGCAAAACAAAAAGGUACAGAUGGAGCUAGUAAUCAGGUAGCAUAUAUGUGGGCCAAAUCUUUGCCAAUUGAAGGAGCGGCAAGAUUAUUAACUAGAUUGGGCCUAAUUGAUACAGCGCUAAAUUUUGCUUGCGACUCAGGUCAAUUUGAUUUCGCAAUUGACUUAUGUCGAUUAACAGGAAAACCUACAGAAGAUGUACACUACAAAAUUGCAAUGUCUUUGGAAGAUGAGGGAAAAUUUGAUCAAGCUGAAAUUGAAUUUAUAAAAGCAAAUAAACCAAAAGAGGCUAUAUUAAUGCAUACUCAUGGUGGAGAUUGGCAAUCUGCUUUAAGGGUUGCCGAAAAAUAUUUACCUGAUGCGAUAAAUGAAAUUUUACUGGGGCAAGCUACAGCCGCUUUAGAAACAAGAAAUUAUCCUGAUUAUGAAAAUUUAUUACUACAAGCUGGUCGACCUGAUAUUAUUAUACAGCAAUAUAAAGAACUAAAUAUGAUUGAAGAUGCAGUUAGAAUAGCUGAAGAGCAUCAUCCUGUUGCUUUGAAUGAUCUGAGGAAAAUACAAACACAAGAACGUAGACGUAAUACAAAUUUAGGAUCAGCAAAUGCAGAUUCAAGGUCAUAUUUACAGCAAGCUUCAGAUUUUGCUAGAAAUGAAGAGUUCCGUAAGGCUGCGGAAUGUUUAUUACAAAUUGAUUCAACUAAUGCUGAUGAUGGUACUAUUGAAAGAGCCUUAAUAAGAGCUGCAGAAAUAUGCAAUCAAUUUUUGGAAGGAAAAGAUGCGUUAGACGUAUCAAAACAACUUGGACCAAGGCUUUUAGAAAUUAAUCAAAUUGGACCAGCUGCACAGCUAUAUUUAGCUGCUGAUUUGCCAAAAGAAGCAGUUGAAGUCUUUAUACAAGCAGAACAGUGGGCAAAAGCACGUCGAUUGGCAAAAGAAAUAGAUUCUGAGUUAGUUACUUACGUAGAACAGCAACAAAAAUCAAGAUUAAAAAAUGAAGGAAAUAUCGAACAGCUUGCUGAUAUAGAUAUAGUUAGUGCGCUUGAUAUGCUUGCUGAACAAGGUCAAUGGGUUAGGUGCUUAGAAAAAGCAAGACAACUUAACGGUAAGGCUCUUCAUAAAUAUUUGGCUUUAUAUGCUGCUCAACUAAUUCGUGACGGAGAAGCACUUACUGCACUUUCCUUAUACAUAACAAAUGGAGCUCCAGCAAUAGAGCAAAAUUUCAAUAUUUAUUACAGAAUAGCUUUGGAAUGUUUUUCUUUACGUGAAGCAGAAAUUGUUGAUUAUUGGAAAGACUUAAGGACAUUUCUGUACCAAUUGACAACGACUCUAAAAGCCUCAGAAUUUGGCGAAACAGAAGUGUAUGAUCGUUUUGAUAAAUUAUUGCUCAUAGCCCAUUAUUAUACGACCAGGGCAGCAUGCCGGCAAAUUCAAGCUUUACAGCAAAUUGCUGUUAAAAUAUCUGCAGCUUUACUUCGUUAUACUGGUAUAAUACCGGUCGAUAAAGGUUUUUAUGAAGCCGGAAUGGAUUUACGUUCUGUAGGCCGGGAACCUGAAGCAUUUGUUAUUUUAAAUCAUUAUUUAGAUGUGUGUGAAGCAAUUGAAGAUGGUUCAGGAAACUUGGUUGACCAUUCUGACUUGGCAACUACAGAUUUUCCCAGUUCUGUUCCAAUACCAGAAAAUUUGCACCUAAGAAAUGAAACCAAUUUACAUGAAGAAGCUCGAGAAUGGAUAUUGGCUGUUAGUAUGGAUCAACGUGUCGAUCAAAACUUACCUACCGACGGACGAAAUUUAUUUGAAUCAAGUUUAGGUUUAUCUGACCUUGAAUGUAUUGUUACUGGCUAUCCUGUGACAGGCAGGCAACCAAUAUUGUUUCAAAAAUCCAAAAAACAAGCGAACCGUGACGCAUGGAGUAAAUUAACUGUAGCAGCAAAAAUGAACCCAACAAGCAAUAUUCCAGAUGUUAUAGAAUUCAUAGAAAAAUGGUGCGGAUCGGCCAAUUUUCUAAUAAACACAUAA